GCCAUUAACAACAUACAGUCCCAGGUUGCCGCUCCGACGGCUUAAAUGUCAAGGCUCCUGCUUUCGUCCCCACGGUCGCCCUGUGGUACCCUCGGCCGGG